AUGAAGGUAGGGGAAUCUGUGAAUGAGUACUUUGCUCGAACCUUUACUAUAGCCAACAAGAUAAGAGUUCAUGGUGAGAAGAUGGAGGAUAUUGUAAUCAUUGAAAAGAUUCUCAGAUCUAUGACUUAUAAAUUUGACUAUGUUGUGUGCUCUAUUGAGGAGUCUAAUGAUCUAGACACCCUAUCAAUUGAUAUGCUACAAAGCAGUCUUUUGGUGCAUGAACAAUGCAUGACUGGCCAUCUUGAGGAUGAACAAGCAUUGAAGGAGACAGAGACAAAGGCACACUAUGCAGAAGCUAGCGGAGAAAUGUUGUUAAUGGCAUAUGUGGAUGUCAAGGAAGCUAGUAAAGAAGAGUUAUGGUUUCUUGACGUAGGUUGCAGCAACCAUAUGUAUGGUAAGAAGGAGUUUUUCUCUAGAUUUGAUGAGAGUUUCAGCAUUUCUGUAAAGUUGGGAGACAAUUCAAGCAUGGCUGUGAUAGGAAAAGGAAAUAUACAAAUGAUUGUAAAUGGAAUUGUGCAAGUCAUCACUAACAUAUUUUAUGUUCCUGGAUUGAAGAAUAAUUUGCUAAGUGUGGGGCAGUUACAAGAGAAGGGGUUUGCAAAAAUGUAA